GGCGCCUCAGAUACAUCGGGCACCUAGUGCGAUACCCAGAGGCAAGGUGGGCGCGGAUCGCUCUAACAGCAGAAGGAGAGCGGCCGCAGGGCUACAGGAGAGGCAGGGGAGCGCCGCGCGCAACCUACAGGAGGCAACUGGAGGCAGACCUUAGGGCGAGAGGGGUGCAGCUAAGCAGCGCGGAGAACAGAAGCCUCUGGGCACAAGUAGCAAGACAGAAGCCAGAGCUUCAGCGUUCAACAACAGGACCCACAGGAACAGUUGGCCGAACACUAACAAUCCAACAACUAGCUAGACUGGCGGGUAGAUCUCGUCUGGGAAAUCUUAGGCAGCUCGCCGAAUAGAUUCAAAUCAUCAGAUCAGGAACGACUCUAUGUGAACAAUUCGUUGCACUGCUAUUCUGUAUAGUCUCUCGGGUGGAACAAGCAGGUUCGACUCCUAGCGUUCGCCUUUUAGAGAUAUGCUUAUUUGACAGAGAAGGAAACGGUGAUGAGAGAUGAGAGGGCGUUCUUCACGAGUGUUAUUUCGCUGGAUCUCUUAUGAAUGGUUCAUGAUGUCGUGACUCUCUCGUGUUGUGUUGCCGCGAAGGCUACUAGAGGCUCGUGCUUACAAGCGGGUUACCCGAAAAUGGAACGAGAAUCAUCAGCUCCAUCGCACGAAAAUCCCACUACGCCACCGUCAACACUGCGUUCUUCUUCGUCUUUGACGCUAGCUGCAGCUACAGCUGGAACCAACAAUCCAAAUCCUCUCAACCCAGCGAUAUUGAAUAGUUUCCAGCAAUGUCCUCUUCAUGACCCAGCCCUUUUCUCCUUGGACGUCGGAUUUCUGAUUGCUUUACCGUCUUUCUCCUGUUUCGAAUUGGACAACAACACGAGGACAUCAAGCUCAAGCACACCCGCAACGUCCUCCAGUAGUCGUAAGCAGACGGCCUUUUCUUUUCGGUUGUCAUGUUUGGCAAUCGUGUUCGCGUUUGCCCCCCUCUUCAACUGGCAGGAGGACAUUGCUGUGGAAUGGCAGCAAGACUUGAAAUAG